AUGGCGUCAACAGAUGGUGCUUCGGUCGAUCCAGCAGCAGGAGGCAGGCAGUACCAAUAUGAUACGGUCCUUAUAUCAUCCUCUACCCUAUUGGAUAGGUCGCUACCAGCCUUGCGGUCAUUGGCCUCUCUUGCUGGAGUGGCAGCCCCUCUAGCCCGUAGUAGAUUGGUAGUGAGCCUAUCCCCUCAUCGCUUUGGCCUGAAGUAUGACUCAAGCACCUUAUGCGAAGUAAUAGAUGAUGUAUACCAAGCUGCUGGUGAGAAUGCUCAUCCCUUGUUGGAUGUCCAAGUACGCCUUAACGAGACCUUGGAGGUUAGAGGGCCUCAAUGCGUCUUAGUAGGGGCAAUGGGCCUUAUGGAUGGUCAUGAGGUCGACCUAUUGCUUCCUGUUACUACACCUGUCCAUCAUGCGGGCCACCACAGCUCUCCGCUACCCCACUACGAUCAUGUCCUCUUUGCUGGUACGUUCGACCACCUCCAUGUUGGGCAUCGAGCUGUCAUAACCCGUAGCUUACUUAUGGCUAGGAAGACUCUACGGCUAGCACUGGUAGCAGGGGAGCUACUACAACACAAGAGGCUGGCCAAGGCACUACAGCCUUUCCAUGUGAGGGAGAGGGGGGUCCUACAAUUCGUCCAAGACAUACGUCCUACUGACUGGCACUGUGAUGUAGUGAUAAUACCUGACAUCACUAGAGACCCUAUAGGGCCAGCCCGGACCCUUCGAGACUUCGACUGUCUAGUGGUCACUACGGAGACAGCUAAAGGUGGUGUUGUGGUGAAUGAGGCGCGGAAGGAGGCUGGCUGCCCUGAGGUCGCUAUAGUGGAGGUUGCUUUGAGGAGUCAAGGGUCACAGCAUGGUGGUAAGGUGAGCUCUACUGAUGUUAGGGAGUAUAUGAGUGAUAAGGCAGGGGGAGAGGAAGCCUUGAACGCCAUGUACGAUAAAUGGUACCAGUUGAUAGCAAAGGCUUGCGCAGUCGAUGGUGUUGUUGAUGAUGAUAAGCAUGAACAGCUUCAAUUGAAGGUCGAUGAAUGGUGGUCUACACUAAGGGAUCUAUACCUCCAGCCUUGGCGCUACUAUCACACACUCAAUCACGUGGGGGAGAUAUUGGGCAACAUUGAGUCCUCUUGUGUGGGUGAAGGUCCUUUGCCAAUAACAGUAGCGUCUUCAGCCCACGCCACAACCACCCUACAACUCACUGCAUGGUUUCAUGAUGCGAUAUAUGUACCAGGCCUGGAUGGCAAUGAGGAGGCUAGUCAGCAGUUGUGGCUCAAGUUCUGUCUAGAUGCAGCAGUAGCCUCUGAGCUUAGGGAUGAGGUGUCUGAUAUAAUCCUAGCUACCAAGGACCAUGUGUCUAGUAGAAGUAUAUACCCGAAGGAGGUCUACCCUGCCCUCAAUGCCUUUCUAGACCUGGACCUACUAAUCCUAGCUGCGGAUGAGGACCGGUAUAGAGAGUAUGCUGAAGGUAUACGACAAGAGUACGAGCCUGUGGUAGGAGGCUCUAGCAUAUAUGCCCAACAACGGUGCGAGUUCUUAUCGUCGGUGUGCAAUAGUAAGAGAGUAAUGUUCGCCUUCUGUGGAGGCCCCAGCGAGGCCCAAGCUCGUUGUAAUAUGGAAAUGGAGCUUAAACGCCUACAGCUGCAAUAA